CUCCAAAGGGGUCGUUACUCACAAGUUGAGAACCACUGGUCUGGAAUAUAGAGUGGUAGAAAAAAAGCCAAAAAAUGAAGAAUAUGCAUCCCAAGAAAAGCUUGUUUCUAGAAGCAUCGCUAAGAGUAUAGAUUAUACAAUUGCACAUUGUAGAUAAGUGUAGUGUAUACACACACACACACACACACACACACACACACACACACACACACACUUCAGGCCGCAUGAUUCUUACUGUUCUGACUUAGUGUGAACUACUGGAAGCUGUCUAUGGUGUCCACGAGAUCAGGAGAAAAGUCCAAAGUUGACAGCUGGACUUUUGCUUUCUUGCUUCCUGCUACCUCCUCCUCCUUUGGAUACAAUCGAGCAGUGGCUUCUGCCUUUCUCCAGGCUGCCUUUGAAUCUCAGGCGCCUCAGCUGACUCUCCCAGUCAAAGGAGGCAACGGGCUACUCCGCCCACCUAUUGGCCCCAGAAGACCUUCCUGAAGAGCUGAGGAGCAGGAGAAAGAAGUCCGAGCUUCUCUGAGACCAAAGAGUGGAGUCGCUCUUCCAGAUCCAGGUGCACCGAGAAGCCCAAACUUUGACGGGCUACCACCCUGGGGCUGAAGGUGACCAGCGUACAGAUGGCCAAGGUCAAUACCCAAUGCUCACAGCCCUCCCCGAGACAACUUUCAGUAAAGGACGCCGCAGACAGAGACCUCGAUCAAGUGGAGAAUGGCCUCGGCAGGUCUCACUCACCAUGUGAGGAGACAUCUUCCACAGUGCAUCAGGGGAUCGUCAUGGAGACCGGAGAACUGGCUGGAGCCGCACAGAGUUUAUUCACAAGCCAGGGGCCAGCCAGGGUGUCACGCUUCAUCAUCUCCAUUCGUGCGUGGGCCGCCAGGCACUUACACCAUGAAGACCCGACGCCUGACUCCUUUUUGGAUCGUUUUCAUGGAGCUGAGCUUAAGGAAGUAUCCAGCCAGGAAAGGAAUGCCCAGCCCAACCCAGGAGGACAGGAACCACCAGAGGGAGGGAAAGGCAGGAAGAAGGAUCCCAUUGUGGUGGACCCCUCCAGCAACAUCUACUACCGCUGGCUGACUGCCAUCGCCCUCCCGGUCUUCUAUAACUGGUGUCUACUUGUGUGCAGGGCCUGUUUUGAUGAGCUACAGUCAGAACACCUGACACUGUGGCUGGUCCUGGACUACUCUGCAGAUGCCCUGUAUGUUGUGGACAUGCUGGUUCGUGCCCGGACAGGUUUCCUUGAACAAGGCCUAAUGGUCAGGGAUACCAAGAGGCUGUGGAAACAUUACACAAAGACCUUGCACUUCAAGCUGGACAUCCUGUCUCUCAUCCCCACAGACCUGGCUUAUUUGAAGUUGGGCAUGAACUACCCGGAACUGAGGUUCAAUCGCCUCCUGAGGUUCUCUCGGCUCUUUGAGUUCUUUGACCGCACGGAGACAAGGACCAACUACCCCAAUGUGUUCAGGAUAGGGAACUUGGUUCUGUACACCCUCAUUAUCAUCCACUGGAACGCCUGCAUCUACUUUGCCAUUUCCAAGUUCAUCGGUUUUGGAACAGAUUCCUGGGUCUAUCCAAACACCUCCAAGCCGGAGUAUGGACGCCUCUCCAGGAAGUACAUUUACAGCCUCUACUGGUCCACCUUGACCCUGACCACCAUUGGGGAGACCCCGCCCCCCGUGAAGGAUGAGGAGUAUCUCUUUGUGGUCAUAGACUUCCUGGUGGGCGUCCUGAUCUUCGCCACUAUAGUAGGCAAUGUGGGCUCCAUGAUUUCCAACAUGAACGCUUCCCGGGCGGAGUUCCAGGCUAAGAUAGAUUCCAUCAAGCAGUACAUGCAGUUCCGGAAGGUAACCAAGGACUUGGAGACUCGGGUUAUCCGGUGGUUUGACUAUCUGUGGGCUAACAGGAAGACGGUGGAUGAAAAGGAAGUGCUCAAAAACCUCCCAGACAAGCUGAAGGCCGAGAUCGCCAUCAACGUGCACCUGGACACACUGAAGAAAGUCCGAAUCUUCCAGGACUGCGAGGCAGGGCUUCUGGUGGAGCUGGUGCUGAAGCUUCGUCCUGCUGUGUUCAGCCCUGGGGACUACAUUUGCAAAAAGGGGGACAUUGGAAGGGAGAUGUACAUCAUCAAGGAGGGCAAGCUGGCUGUCGUGGCUGACGAUGGGGUCACCCAGUUUGUGGUCCUCAGUGAUGGCAGUUACUUUGGGGAGAUCAGCAUCUUAAACAUUAAGGGGAGCAAGUCGGGGAACCGCAGGACAGCCAACAUCAGGAGCAUCGGCUACUCGGACCUGUUCUGCCUCUCCAAGGAUGACUUGAUGGAGACCCUCACGGAGUACCCGGAUGCUAAGAGGGCUCUGGAGGAAAAGGGUCGGCAGAUUCUGAUGAAGGACAACCUAAUCGAUGACGACCUGGUGACGGCCAGGGCAGAUGCCAGGAACAUCGAGGAGAAGGUGGAGUACCUGGAGUCAUCCUUGGACGGCCUGCAGACGAGGUUCGCCCGACUCCUGGCUGAGUACAGUGCCUCCCAGAUGAAGCUGAAACAGCGGCUCAGCCAGCUGGAGAGCCAGAUGACCAGGAGGGGUCAUGGCUUCUCACCUGACAGGGAGAAUUCCGAGGAUGCUUCAAAAGCUGACUGAAAAUGCAGGUGGCUCUGCCUCCUGCUUCCCAGGGCCAGCUGCCAGUGAGACACUUUACAGCCUCGUGGUGAAGAGUUUGACUGUGCUUUUGCCUCAGUGUUACUCGUCCUUUGGUUGUAGGACAGCAAGGGAGAGCCUUCAUUUCCUCACCUAGGAAAUGGGACUCAUGCCUGCCAACCCCAUGAAGUUCCAGAUUAUCAUGAGGUCUACUUGAUACAAGGACAAGGGUUGCAGCUUUGGAAAGAGUGAAGGGUUCCAAACCAAGUGUAUGAAUGCACAUGCGCGAUUCUAAUGUUCGUAAUUAUGUUUGUGUAUGUGAAUGUUGGGUUACCUGUGGAGGUCAGGAGAGAGUGUUGUUGGAUCCCCUGGGCUGUUGUAAGCUACCCAGCGUGGGGGCUGGGGUCGUCCUGUCUUCACUAGGGUUACUAUUGCUGUGAUGAAACACCAUAGCCAAAGCAAGUCGGGGAGGAAAGGGUUUAUUCAGUUUACAUUCCACAUCAUAGGCCAUCACUGAAGGAAAGUGAGGACAGGUUCUCAAACAGGGCAAGAAUCUGGAAGCGGGAGCUGGGAUGCAGAGGCCAUGAAGGGGAGCUGCUUACUGGCUUGCUCUUUUUAGCUUGCUAAGCCUGCUUUCUUAUAGAAUCCAGAACCACCAGCACAGGAGUGGUCCUUCCUACCACGGACUGGGUCUUCUUACAUCCAUCACUAGUUAAGGAAAUGCUCACAGGCCUGCCUGCCUACAGCUGGAUCUUAGGGAGCCAUUUUCUCAGUCAUCCUCUCAGCUGACUAACUUGUGUCAAGGUGACAUAAAAAUUGACCAGCACAGACCCAAACGUGUCCCGUAUUUAUUGAGGUGAGGGUCCUGCUCUGUGACUCGGUCCAGCUGUCAACUCCCGUGCCCAAGUGCGGUUCCCACACUAGCCUUCCAAGUAGCAGAGACCACAGGCACACUCCACUGUUUGCAGCCCAAUUAAUUUUUUACAAAACCAUGAGAUGUUUAAGCCUCUCAGCCUAGCUAUCGUAUAAAUAGACAUUUAUGGGGCUGGUGAAAUGGCUCGGCACUUAAGAGCACUGGCUGCUCUUCCAAGAAGUCAUGAGUUCAAUUCCCAGCAACCACAUGGUGGCACACAACCAUCUACAGGGGAAUCUGGUGCCCUCUUCAGGCAGGUGGAUAUAUAUGCAACAUAAGACUCAUAAAUAAAUAAAAUAAAAAUAUAUAAACGGA